CGAGCGCAUUUUGUUCUGUCUGAAACCGGCCGCCAUACUCAAACAAAAAGAUUGAGAUGAAAAGAUAAAUUUAUUUAUAUUGGAACUUAUUGAAAGUGUUUUAAUUUACUAAAUGAGUUCUAAAUCAGAUGUAAACAGAAGGGUACUCGCCAUUCAGGCGAAAAAGAAAAGGCAUAAACUCGGAAAGAAGAAAAAUCGUGAGGAAGACCACGGCGCUGGUGGACAAGGAAACGGGCUGCGCAAUCAAAAUCAGAAUCGUCUUGAACCGACACAUAGUUCUUCUAAUGAAACGAUUGAGGAGGACGAAGACGAGCAAUAUGCCAGUGACGACGAAGAACAAGAAGACAGCGCCGACUACUGUAAGGGUGGAUACCAUCCUGUCAAAAUUGGAGACCUAUUCCUGAAUCGCUACCACGUCACUAGGAAGUUGGGUUGGGGUCAUUUUUCUACAGUGUGGCUGUGUUGGGAUCUCGUUGACAAGCGAUUUGUCGCCUUGAAAGUUGUUAAGUCUGCGCCUCAUUUUACAGAAACAGCUUUAGAUGAAAUCAAAAUAUUGAAAGCUGUUCGUGACAGUGAUCCAACGGAUCCCAAGAGAAAUAAAACGGUUCAAUUGCUUAAUGAUUUUAAAAUUACAGGGGUGAAUGGAACACAUGUGUGUAUGGUGUUUGAAGUCCUAGGGCAUCACCUGUUAAAAUUGAUACUAAAGUCUAAUUAUAGAGGCAUUCCCCGUGAAAAUGUGAAAACUAUUAUACGCCAAGUACUGGAAGGCUUAGAUUACCUCCAUACUAAAUGUAAAAUAAUUCAUACGGAUAUUAAACCUGAAAAUGUGUUAGUGUGUGUUGAUGAAGCAUAUAUUCGUAAAUUGGCAGCUGAAGCUACUGAGCUACAUUCCUUGGGGCUCAGAUUACCCCAUUCCUUGAUCAGCACUGCACCAAAGGAAUUUCAGGAACAGGUUGUCACAGGUAAAAUGAGUAGAAAUAAAAAGAAGAAGUUAAAGAAAAAAGCUAAACGUCAAUCAAUGCUUCUUAAAAAACAAAUGGAACAAAUAGAAGAAAUGGAAGAACAAAAAAAGACGGGUAAUAAUAGUGAGUCGGCACCCAUGUCCCAAGAUAAUGAUGACUCUCCCCAAACACCAGAGGAAGUUAGUGUAAUAGAAAACACGCGCUCUGAGAAUGACACUAACAUAAAUGGGUGUAAUGAUAUGCAAAGAACAGACGAUGAUGUUUUCGAUACUGAUGCUGAGGCAGUUCAGGUCAGAAGUAAGCAGUAUGGAUGUGGAGAUGAUCCUAGCACUCCUAUGUCAGAAGGGGAGAUGACAGAUACUCCACCUUCCUUUAAUUCACAAAACAAAGGUAAAACAUUAGAAAAAAAACCUGACCCUGCAUUUGAUGUGUGUGAAGUGGAGGUUAAAAUAGCAGACUUAGGUAAUGCCUGUUGGGUUCAUCGACACUUUACUGAAGAUAUCCAAACAAGACAGUAUCGUUCCCUAGAAGUUUUACUUAGUGCAGGUUAUGGUACAUCUGCCGAUAUAUGGAGCACAGCCUGCAUGGCCUUUGAAUUAGCUACUGGAGAUUAUCUUUUUGAGCCACACUCAGGAGAUGGGUAUAGUCGUGAUGAAGAUCAUCUGGCUCACAUUAUUGAGCUUCUUGGAGACAUUCCUAAAAGAAUUGCGGCAUCAGGAAAAUAUUCAAAAAUAUUUUUCAAUAAAAAAGGUGAACUAAGAAAUAUCACUGGGCUAAAACCAUGGGGCUUAGUAUCUGUUCUCACUGAAAAGUAUGAGUGGAGUCUAAGGGAUGCAGAGGAAUUUGCUGAUUUUCUGAAGCCUAUGCUGGACUUUGACCCUAAUCGGCGAGCCACUGCUUAUGAGUGCCUUCAGCACCCUUGGUUGAAGCAAAUAAAGCUAGAACAAAAUGAGUCUGAGGAAUAAUUGCUCUCUGUCAUAGUGUGAAUGCUGUUUACAUGUUCAUAAAAUCAGUAGUGUCAACAUACUAAGUAUUUCAGUGUUUUAUGUUUUAAUCAAAGUUUAUUUAUGGAAUUGUUUGUGAAUAGUUUAAUUUGUAUCUAGAUUGUUUUAUUAGCAAUUCUUGAUUUCAGAAUUAAAUUGUGUGCAAAUAGAGGAAAGAUGCUGAAUAAUUAAUAAAUUAGAGAUUCUUUUUUGACGGUAGCAAUGUAUAUAAUACACCUGCUGCUCAAAUAAGUAGCAUCAACUUAGAUUGGCAUUUAAAAGUCUACAAAUUUCCAAAAUUGUACAGAUAGCUGUAGUAAAAAUUGUGAUGUAUGAUGACAUAUAGACAAUAUAGGUUUGAUCACAUUCAAAAAAACAUUUAGAAUUAAAUACUUAACAUAGUUAUAUGCACUAAACACCACCUAGUAUGUGAGAACCUAUGCAAGUCAUGCAUGCAUACUGUAGCCAUUCUGGUAGUAAGUAUGUUCACAUAGAUUAAGUUUGUCUUUUAUCACUAUCACAAAAAUCUCAUAAUGUAAACUUAGAGGUAAGACAGUAUUUGUAAAGCCACAUUUCUGAGACUGCCUUUUUAUAUUUGAAUGGGUCACUUGAAAUUAUAAAUGGUUGCAAUCAACUGUUGUUGAGAGGCAGUGAGACAGUGACUCUAAACCAGUUAAUAGUUAUAUUAUUUACCAUAGAUCCCAAUUUACAUGACCAUAAUUUGUAUUAAUUAUAUCUGCAAAUUUACAUAAAUAAAAUUACGAAACGAGCUUGUUA